GUCUAAUUAUUCCGGUUUACUUUUAAACCGAUUUCGUGGUCAUAAAAGUUAGGAGGACUCUUUUCCUUCUUCUCCAUUGUUGAAAAUCAGGUUUUUGAAGAUUCAGUGAGAGAUCAGAUCGCUAAAGAAAUGGAUUGGCAAGGACAGAAACUGGUGGAGCAGCUGAUGCAGAUCUUACUUGUGAUCUCCGGCGUCGUUGCGGUGGUUGUUGGCUACACAACGGAAUCAUUCAGGACGAUGAUGCUAAUCUACGCCGGUGGUGUUGUUCUCACGACUUUGGUCACUGUACCUAAUUGGCCUUUCUACAAUCUUCAUCCUCUCAAAUGGUUAGAUCCGAGUGAGGCCGAGAAGUAUCCUAAACCAGAAGUUGUUGCUGUUGCUUCGAAGAAGAAAUUCUCUAAGAAAUAGGUCUGAAUCUCUAUCUCUAUCCUAUAUAUCGGAAUUGUUUCUUGUGAGAGAUAUAUGGAUCGGAAUCUUUAAUUAUGAAUUGAAUUUUCUGGGUUUGAUUCUUAUUAUCUCUGUUCUUUGCCAAAGGAAUUUGCUUUUUGAAUCUGUGGUACAUUAUGUCUUGUUCGU